AUGAAAUCUGAAGCUAUUAGCAAAGGUUUAGCACCCUCAGCUAGUGUGGUCAAUACACAAAAAACGAAUGCCAUGAUCUUUUCGUCAAUUGAUAAUCAACAAACAUCGCCUCAUCGCCAUCAACAGUUCAAGAAGCUCAAAUCCAUACAACCCAAUAAACCCAAAGAAGCAUCCAAAGAGAAUUGGAACAGCCAUGUGUUUGUUUCAUCUCCUUACGAUCAGCCAACCGUACACCAUCCUUACACACAUACAAAACAACCCAUCAAAGUCAUUCCACAAACAUUCACUACCAACAUUCGCAAUGAAAAGAUUGAAAGAACCAUUCAGCGACCCACCAUGGGAGGCAAGACCAUUGGCGCUAUCCACCAUUUGCCUGCAAACACUGUGAUCAACCAUCAUAAUCGCAUGUCUUCUGAGGAAUUAAAACUACUAAGCCGCCGUAUCAAUCCUCACGAACCACUCGCAUCUCCACAUGCCUCUCCCAGAAAACCACCACUCCCAAAUAUGCAGCAGCGCACUAGCAAAAAGAGAUCGCUUCAGCAGGAUCUUGAUGCCACAGAGAAUGAGCCACCCACCAAGAAAACUCGCCAAUUCACAUGCGAACCUUGCAAUAAGGUCUACAAGACUCGAAACGGCUUCAUCUACCACAAACAGAAAUGCAAAAAGAUUGUUAAAUUUGAAAGCAAUGCCAUCAUUGAAUGCGUCUGUGAGAAGCCUGCUGAUGACAAUGGCACUAUGAUUGAAUGCACCAAAUGUAACAAAUGGCUUCAUUUGCGAUGUUCAGGCGGUAUCACAAAGGAAGAUGAUUAUUGCUGCCCAAGAUGUAACACGGAUGCCAUAAGCAGCCUUCCCAUCACUAAUACUCAGGGUGCAACAGAGCCGGCAGCAGAGAUGCCAAUGGCGACUACUGCGCUCAUCGACCAUGACUUGGCUCCAUUGAUGGACACCAAGCCAGUGCAAUUUACACUACUACAAGAUGGAGACGAUGAAGACGAAGAUGACGACGAUGAAGAAGAAGCAGAUGAGGACGAAGAGCAGCACGUUCUCCACAAUGGCAAAACCAUCACCUUGUCAGCUCUCUGCCACGCCCAAGAAAGAGGCAAAAAUCUCUUCAAGGCAUUCCAAAAUUCGGCACAACAAGAGCAAGAAGAAGAAGCGGCAGAAGAACAGGCAGCUAUCAAGAACCACUUUAAUUUCAUGAGUCUGUUUUCUGACGAACUUGCUAUGGAGACCGCCAGUACGUCUGCUGUGAUGACCACAGUCGACUCACCUGCUUUGCCACCCUCCUCCAUCAUUGCUGACAAUGAAGAUUGGAACAAUGAUUUCAGCGAUUUCAAUUCGAGUGAUUGGUGCAAUGACGACGUUCCAUCUCUGCUCUUUUCUGACAAUAACCCAUCAUUUGUUGAUGAUUUCUUGUCUUCAGAUAUUCCAUCUUCGCCCAACAUGAACCAACAAGCGGACUGGCUCCACUUUGCAAACUUCAAUUUCGAUUUUACAUCUGAUGGCAAUCAAUGA